AUGGCUUCAUGUGGUGAAAGAUUGUUAGAACAAAAGAUUUGUGAGAAGAUUCUAAGGUCCUUGCAUCCCAGGUUUGAUUACAUCGUGUGUCCCAUUAAAGAAUCUAGGGACAUCUCAUCUUUGAGUCUUGAAGAACUACAAGGAUCAUUAAAAGCAAGAAAGUUACGAUUGAAAGAAUUGGAGGGAAAACUAAGGAUCAAGCAUUGUCAACUCAAGUCAACAAGAAAGGUGAUUAAAAGAAGAAAUGAAAUAAUAACAACAAAGAUAAGUUCAACAAAAGUGAUGACAAAUUUGUAUCCUCAUCAAGAGAAAGAGAAGGAAAUGUUGAAAACAAAGGGAGAUCAAAUAACUUUUACAAAAAGAAGGUGUAGUAUUAUAAUUGUGAAAAGUUUAGUCAUUUUACCGAUGAAUGUUGAUUUGGAAAUGGAAAACAAAAAAAAGAAAGCUGAAGAAGAAGCUUAUGUUGCUCAAGAAGAUGACUCAGAUUCAGAUACAAUGCUUUUGAUGGCUACUGCAAAUGAAGAACCAUCUCAAUCUCUAUUAUGGUUUCGUAACAUUGGUUGCUCCAAUCAACUGACCAGUCAUAAAGAAUGGUUGGUGGACAUUGACACAUCAAGAAAGAGUAAAAUCAUAUUUGAUUAUGGUAGAACAUUAGAGGCUGAAGGUGAAGGAAAUAUAGUGAUUAAAAGAAAGGAUGCAAAAACAACGGUGAUUAAGAAUGCACUCUAUGUGACAGCCAUGAAGAAAAAUAUUAUAAGCAUAGGCCAACUAAUUCAAAAGGGCUAUCAAGUGAUAAUGAAGAAUGUGUAG